AUCGUGCAGUUCACGAAGCUGAAGGACGGGGUGGCGAUCGGGUGCGCGUUCAACCACGCGAUCCUGGACUGGCACUCGACCUGGCACUUCAUGUCGUCCUGGGUCGAGCUCUCCCCCGAGCUCUCCCGCGGCGGCGGCGGCGGCGGCGGCGGCGGCUGCUGCCCCUCCGUCGUCCCCAUCCUCGACCACGCCCUCGCCGCCCAUCGUUCCCCCUCUCCCUCCCUUCUCCCAGUCGCCCCAGAGUCCCUCGACCCCAACAGCCCCGCCAAACCCCUCAUCCACCGCCUCUUCUCCUUCCCCCAAACCCUCGUCGACCAAAUCAAGCUCGCCACCAACCAAAACCCUAACCCUAACCCCGAGGGCCCCGAUUCCGAGCCCGAGCCCGAGCGCGAGCCCGAGACCAAGACCAAGCCGAAGCCCUUCUCGACCUUCCAGUCGCUCGGCGCGCACAUGUGGCGCGCGGUGGCGCGGGCGCGGGGGCUCGCGGCGGACGAGCUCACGGUGUUCGCCGUGUUCGCGGAUUGCCGGGGCCGGGUCGACCCGCCCGUGUCCCCGGCCUACAUCGGGAACUAGUGAGAGGGGGAUCGCUUCUUGUGGUCUGUAGGGUGUGGAUCCGGUGGGUUGCAGGAUUUCUUUGCGAAAAAAUGGAGGAGGAAGGUAAAGAGGCACAAGGGUUUGUUGGGAGGGGGGAGGAGAGAGAGAGAAAAAGAAAGAGAAAAAAAGGAAGAGAGUAACUCUGUGAAUGGGCAGAGGAGGGUUGCGUGUGAGAGGUGAAAAAAAUUGCGGCAACCAAAAAUAAGCGCCAAAUCUAAACUAUUAACGACGGGAUGAUCCUCAUCUAACACGGCGGAAAUAAUAUUGGUCGUUAAAGAUCUAA